GGCCAGCAACCGCCAUGAUUUUGCCCGAAGACAGGCCUGAGUCUCCCUCAAAGCAGGACCCGCCAGUAUCCGCGCCAGCGACGGACGCGGAACACCCACCCCCUGCGUACCCUGGACACGGCGCGUCUGGUUCCCGUGUGCAAGCGGGACCGAAUGAGACGCAGCCGAUCGUGUAUGUGCCUGUGCAGGUCAGGCGAGGAGAGCCUGCGGGGCAACGAUUUUGCAAGGCCUUCUUCGUUGCUCUGCUUAUCUAUUUCCUGUUGGCUGCGGUCACGAGCAGCAUCGCUGGACUUGGGAGGAGUCGUCAUGGCUGGAACCGUGAGUUGAUCGAGGACCUGGAUACUGCACGACCGACAGCGAAAGAUGGCGUAGCCCUGCGUUGCAUUAAGGGCCCGGACGCAUGGCCCGCCGGGCAAGAGCCGAUGAUGACGACCUUCAAGCUCGACAGGAUGUCGGACGUGCUGUACGUCUUCACGCGAGGGAAGUACCUUAGUGGCAAUGUCGUGAUUACUCAGGACGAGCGUAUCGAGGACCUCGACUCGGUACACGUCGAUGUCACACCGCUGCACAACACCCCAGACUGGCUGUCCGCCGUCAGUGUAUGUUCGCUUAUGCGCGGCCCGAACGAAAGAGGCAUAGGUAUCUUCUCUCCGACGCAGUGGAGAUCAUCUAAGAUCCCCGGGCUUGAGUUCGAGGUCACCAUCCGACUUCCAAGGCUUCCCGAUGAAGUGCUUCAAGUUGCCCGCCUGGAAACGAAUGUGCCGAACUUCACUCAACACAUUGGCGAUCUAAAUGAGACUGUCCUCUUCCGCGACUUAGAGCUGAAAAGCUCGAAUUCUCACAUUUCCUCUCAGUCUUUGAACGCCUUAGUCGCACAGGUCAUCACGUCGAACAGCCACAUCGUUGGCCAGUUCCAAGCCUCAGAAAGCCUGGGACUAAGAACUACUAACGGAGCCAUCAACGUCACUGCAACCCUGGUUCACAGCAACCCAGAAGACAUGCAAGGUCCUGUGCUGAAGAUGAAGACUUCUAAUGCUAAAAUUGACUCCUUCGUCAACCUCGUCUCCACUCUGCCACCAAUGUACCACGGCCAGGGUGGUGAUUUCACUGUCGAAGCCAACACGUCAAAUGUUCGUCUGUCGCUGGACUUUCCAACCGCGCCCGUUGACUCCAAGCUCAACCUCCUCGCUCGUACUUCCAACGCGAAAGCCCACGUCCGGCUUCAUCCCACGUACGAGGGAAGAUUUAGCCUGCGUACUUCAAACCAGGUUGCCUUCGUCGAUAACAGGCCGAUUACAGACCCAUCGGGAAAGAACCGUUCGAGAUCAAUAGCUCUUUACAACAAUAAGUGGGCGUAUGCACACGGGUUGGCCGUGUGGGAUGGCGAGUAUAUGGGGAACGUAGACGUGAAGACGUCGAAUGCGCCAGCAGAAUUAUAUCUAGCAUGAGCCUUCCUUUUCGUAUUCUUGGGUCGCGUCCAUUGAAUGAGUAUAUACCAUUGUUUUGUUGUAUUGUCUAGUGUAGUCGUUGUACUUUUAGAUCUGCAUGUGCAUUAUUAUGCUCUUCGCCACGUCAAGUCGAAGAUCGCAGAGAUUCUACAAUAUUUUUUGGGCGAAUUCAGGCCUCGCCCUGCUUCUCCCAGCCUUGCUUCGCCAGCUCCUGUAGGCCCUUCUUCUCUCCGUACCAUGUCGUAUACAGCUUCUUCUUGAGGUCCCAUAAUGAUGAUUCUUCGUCCCCGUUGACUUUCGCGCGGGGUAACGUGAGGGAGUACGCGCCAGAUUGUUUGUCGAUUCUCAGCACAGUAUCGGAGUCGUGUUGGCCGGCCUCAAGAUGUGCAGCGGAGAAUGGAAAGACUCUGCCCUGCCCGCGCCAAUGCCAAACGUUCUGCACGACGAGCGCACGGUCGUGCGGUGCCCCCCGUAGCUUUGGUGCGAAAGGUGCAGAGCGGUCCACGGCGCUGCCAGGCAGGACGUACAGCCGACGCACAACGCGCGAACGCAUGUUGAAUAUGAGGAAGCAGAUGAAUAUGCCAAUGCCGUACUGCGCGGUUGCAAGCGGUAGCCGUUGGUACAGAGGGCGGAGGCGGUAUUCGGGUUCAGCGUGUGUGUCUGCGGACGCGUCCGGCUUGCUGCUGUCCUCUGAGGAUUCAACGCGCUCGGUCCAGUGGUUCAGAAUGAGGUCCGCGCCAGCUACCGUCACGGCGACCUGCGCGAACGCGAGCGUGAACGUCCAGCGGUUCGUCCACCGCCGCUUGGCUUCGAACACCGGGGUUACAUUGUGCAGCAGCGAAAUGCCCUGGCUGCUCAGCAGCUCCUGACGGCGGGCAAACGCG